AUCACCGAAAAUUUCGAAAUGGCUUCACCCUGCUGGCUCCUGAUAUUCAGUGACAAGAUUUUCCUCGAAUAUUAUCCCUCAGUUAGACCCGGCGAAAAUAUAUUCCAUCUCACAUUCAACACCGAGCUGCUAGUCGCUCGACCUCCACAUCCGGUCAUUCAGGAAUGGUACUGGCUGGUCGACAGGGUAAAAACGGAUGAUCUAGCGUUCUGGGAUUUGGACACAGGGUUCGUUCUGAAGAAGAACAUGAGUCUCUAUCAGCGAAGAAGUAAUUUAGAGAAUUCAAGAAUCGCGGUGACGGUAAUAAACGAUCCCCCGAUGAUAACAUUCGGCAACAAUUCAAUUGGAGGACUGUUUGGCGGCAUGCUAAUGGAGCUGAGCAAAGUCGCCAAUUUCACCGUCGAGUUUGUCGAACCCAGGGAAAUGUCCUACGGGAGCUGGAACGACGAGGAGAAACGUUGGACGGGGAUGAUGGAACUCCUGACAAACGGGAAGGCGGGCAUAGCGGCGGCCGAUUUCACUAUCACAAGACCGCGUUUGGAGUCCGUGGACUUUUCUCUGCCGUUGUUAUCCACCCGAAACAAAUUGUACAUCAGGAAACCUGAUGGUGGGAUUCAGUGGUCGGCGUAUUGGCAGGCUUUUGCUCCUGGGAUAUGGAUCUUGAUAGAUGUCUUGAUUUUCGUCACAACGAUACUCCUCACUCUGAUCGCCGCCGUUAAUAGGUUCAGAUCGAUCACUAUAGACGUGUUCACAAACUACCUUCUACUCGUUUUUGGAAUAUAUUGUCAGCAGGGAUUGCCCGAAUUUCCGUCCGAUUCACCAUCGCAAAUCGCCUAUUUCUCCAUAUUCCUGUCAGCCUUGGUCGUUGCCGCGGGUUACUCGGCCGCCCUUAUCAGCUACUUGACAGUGACCAGUAUAGCCCUGCCAUUCUCAACCUUGGAAGGAUUCGUCAAGGAUGGAACUUACGAUUUAAUCGUAUUCCGAGACGGUGCCGAGUACGACAUGUUUGCAACCACGACAGAAUCAACGAUGAUGAAAAUGUGGGACAGGAUGAAGUACAGAGAACUGCUGCCAGAGACAUUGCUGGAAGGAUUUCAGCAAGUAUGCGAUGAAAAAGUUGCUUUCUACAUACCAGCAGUGCUUGCAGAGACAGUCAGCAUCUAUUUGCCGUGCAAAGUGAUCGGUAUAGACACUAAGCGAAGCAUGAGCCUCGCCAUGGCGUUAUCCAAGGGAAAUCCUUACAACGGAUUGAUAAAUUACCACGUUCAGAGGUUUCGAGAUCACGGUAUUUUGGGUCGUUUGAAAGAUCUGUACGGAAGACCACAGAAUCCGUCAACGGUGUCACCACACUCGGAGGUCACAGUUUGGGGCGUGAUGCCCGUCCUCGCAGUUUUGGCGGGUGGUAUGAUGCUGGCGAUCCUGAUUUUAUAUCUUGAAAAAAUCUGUUUCUCUUACCGGAAACGAUGCCUGAAAGAUAAGGAGAAGAAGAACCUGAUGAACAGAAAGGACGAGAAGAUCACGAAAAUCCGACUGCGCCACAGGACUGACAGACUUCCACCCCCACCGAAAUUCUACCCCUGAAUACAAUGAACGGUUAUUUUCAUCCCUGUGAUUCGAAGACGCUAAAAAUAAUCAGUUUUUAUCACCGUUGUGAUGAUAAAGUAAUGUAAGAAGUGAAUUAACUUUUAAAGAGAUGAUUAUCUCUCCCGCAUCAGACGUGACAGACGUAUAAAAGCUUUAUUCCUGCCUGAACAAUUUCGAUAAGAUUCGGCACGCUCCAUCGAUGUCAUCUUGAGCAUAAAUAACGUGCAGCUGGUAUAAGUUUCCGUUUACGUAGGUACCGAUGGGUCAAUGGACGUUGAUGAAUUUUUAAACGACACGUCUCAGAUUUUUAUCAGAAAUUUACGU